AUGGCCCCAGCCACGGAGGCCGAGGUUAAAAAGGCCUUGUUUAUGAUGCAUCCGGAUAAAGCACCCGGCCCUGAUGGUAUGACAGCUCUGUUUUUUCAAAAGGCAUGGAGUAUUGUUAAAGAGGAUCUUGUCUCAAUGUUAAAUCAGUUUUUUACUGAGGGUACUUUUGAUACGGUUUUAAAUCGUACGCAUAUCUGUCUUAUUCCCAAGGUAACAAAGCCGACUCGGAUGACAGAGAUGAGGCCGAUUAGUUUGUGCAAUGUGGGGUAUAAAAUCAUUUCAAAGGUUUUAUGUCAACGGCUUAAGCGGUUGUUGCCUGGUCUCAUCUCGGAGACGCAAUCAGCCUUUGUUCCAGGUCGAUUGAUUUCGGAUAAUAUCAUGAUCGCUGAGGAGAUGUUUCAUGGUUUGCGCACUAAUAAUUCAUGUAAAAGUAAGUUUAUGGCCAUAAAGACGGAUAUGAGUAAGGCGUAUGAUAGAGUGGAGUGGGCUUUUGUUGAGGCUCUUUUACGAAAGAUAGGGUUUGCGGAUAAAUGGAUUUCGUGGAUUAUGUUCUGUAUCUCUUCCGUUGAGUACAGGGUUCUUCUUAAUGGUCAACCCAAUGGGCUGAUAGUCCCAGAAAGGGGUUUGAGACAGGGCGAUCCGCUUUCUCAUUACAUUUUUAUCUUGUGUACGGAGGUUCUGAUUGCUAAUAUUCGGAAGGCGGAGGAGGAAAAGAAGAUUACUGGUAUAAAUGUGGCAAAUAAGUGUCCGGCAAUUACGCAUUUGCUGUUUGUGGACGACAAUCUUUUUUUCUGUAAGGUUGAUAGAGCUCAAUGUGGGAUUGUGUUGGAUAUUCUAAAACAGUACGGGGCUGCCUCGGGUCACCAGAUAAAUUUUGAGAAGUCUUCAGUUCAGUUUGGACAUAAGGUCAAUGACCAGGCCAAGGUGGAGAUGCAGGGUGUUCUUGGUAUCACUAAUGUAGGGGGCAUGGGAUCGUAUUUGGGACUUCCGGAAAGUUUGGGGGGAUCGAAAACACAGGUUUUCUCCUUUGUUCGGGAUCGGUUGCAGAACCGGACAACUGGUUGGUCAGCGAAACUGAUGUCAAAAGGAGGAAAGGAGGUGAUGAUUAAGUCGGUUGCGACUGCGGUACCGAUAUUUGUGAUGUCUUGUUUUCGACUACCAAAAACGAUAACAUCCAAAUUAACGAGUGCGAUGGCAAACUUUUGGUGGAGCUCUAAUGGACAGUCUAGGGGUAUGCAUUGGAUAGCUUGGGAGAAGCUUUGUUGGAGCAAGCAGUUGGGUGGGUUGGAAUUUAGGAGUGUGGAUGAUUUUAACACGGCUUUGUUGGCCAAGCAGUUAUGGAGAUUGAUAGAUGUCCGGACUCUCUGUUUGCUCGGGUUUUUAAGAGUAGGUAUUACCGAAAUUCAAAUCCUAUGGAACCCCUACGGUCAUACUCUCCUUCUUAUGGUUGGAGGAGUAUUGUUCCAGCUAGAUGUCUGGGAUCUGCUCUAUGAGCAUUUUGAUCCCGUAGAUGCCGCUUUGAUAGAAGCUUUGCCUUUAAGUAAUUGUUCCAGGGCAGAUUACUUAGGUUGGCACUUUACUAAGCAUGGUAAGUAUACGGUAAUAUCAGGUUAUGAGGUGGCGUGUUAUGCGACCCCGAAUACCUUUCAACCUACUGGGGCGGGGCCAGAGUUAACCCCUCUUUUGGCUAAGAUUUGGAAGGUUCCAUGUCCACCCAAAUUGCAUCACUUUAUCUGGCAAGUAUUGACGGGUUGUAUUUUGGUAUCGGCGAAUUUAAAACAUCGAGGGAUAGAUUGUGAUGUUGACUGUGCACGUUGUGGGGCCGAUGCGGAAGAUAUAAAUCACGCUAUUUUUGUGUGUCCACCGGCUCGCCAGGUUUGGGCUUUAGCGAAUGUUCCGGUAGGACCGCAACUUUUCCCCACAGAGUCAGUUUAUGCUAAUGUGGAUCAUUUCUUGGGUUCAACAAACCCGGGUUCACAGGUUGAACAACCUGUUGAGGUUGUUCGGGUGGCGAUAGGUGAAGCUGAGACUUGGCAGCAGGCACAGGUGGAGACAGAUCUGGAUGAGCUUCAGUCCUCCCCUAGUGUAUUGUCUGCUGGGCCGCAGACCCAUACUUUUUCUCUCCUGCCGUUUUUUUCCGGGCAUCGGUGUUUCCUGGACGGUUCUUGGAAAGAAACUGAUAUUUUUGCAGGUGCAGGUUGGGUUUGUACUUCCUCACAAGGAUCAAUCCCGAUUCUCGGUGCCACCAAUUUCCAGCGUAGUUUGUCCCCUUUACAUGCAAAAGUCGAAGCUUUCAUUUGGGCGAUGCGGUGCAUGAUUGGGCACGAUUUCCGGGAGGUGGUGUUUUAUACGGACUGCUCCGAUUUGGUGAAGAUGGUGUCUUCGCCUCAGGAUUGGCCCGCCUUCGCAACAUACCUAGAUGACAUCAAGACUGAUAGGGAGGAGUUCUCUUCUUUUGCUUUGGUUCAGGUACCUAGAAAUGCAAAUGUUCGUGCGGAUUCGUUGGCUCGUCGAGCGCGCUCUUCUCCACAGCAUGUUAAGUUUGUAAACGUUUUUCCUCUAAAUUGGCUCACUUGA